AAGGGUUGGGCUUUUUAUACAAAAUAAUUGUCCUGUCGGAGUGUGAAAUUCAGCUUUUCAGUCGUAGUUUGGAGUUAAACGUGUUGCAUUUUAAGGGGGAGCAUAGACGGCUGAAACCUUGUGCGAAGAGUCCGUCUACCCGUCUGUUUUUCUGAGUAAAUCUUGGAUUAAAUUGAAAACAUGGCUCUGGAUCUGUGCGGACAGCUUUGCAAGGUUAUUCUCAUCAUCUUCAACAUCGGGUUCGCCCUGCUUGGCGCUGCCAUGCUGGGCCUGGGUCUGUGGCUGCGGUUUGGUGCCAACACGCAAGGUCUCUUCGACGUCAACUUAAACACACAGCAGUUUGUCAUUGGUGUGAUGGUGCUGAUCGUCCUGGGUGCAGUGAUACUGGUGGUGGCCGUGUUUGGAGACUACGGCGCCUGCAACGAGAGCAGCGGCGCCCUGACAGUGUUUGCCGUCUUUCUGUCCAUCGUAUGUGGGUUAGUGAUUGCAGCAGGAGUGAUCGCCUUCAUAAGGAGUGAUGACGUGGGGGAGCAGAUGGCCAUGUUCUACACGACGGUGUACGCAAAGUAUUUGAAUACGGAUGACCCUAGCAUGACGGUCACUCUGACCUUAAUGCAUAACUGGUUCCAGUGCUGUGGAUUGGUGGGAGCCCUGGACAUUAUGGUCAAAAAGACGUGCCCCGAUCUCAGCUUCACUGGAUUCUUGACAAUGCCUGCCUGUCCCCCAGCCAUCGUCAACCUGUUUAAGGACAAGGCUCCGUUGGUUCUGGGCCUGUUCCUGGGUACAGCUGCUCUGCUGCUCCUGGCCCUGGGGUGCAGCUCCCAACUCCGCAAGGAAAUCAAGCGCUCCCGAACACCCUCUCCCUCCCCUGCCUCGUACAUGAUCCUGUCUACCUCCACCAACCUCCCCUCCACUCCCUACCCUGACCCACACCCAUACCAAGACCCUGUGGUUUUUCCCCCUCUGACUCUGGCCAUGACGUCUGCUGAUGUCUAGGUGUGCUGCUAAGCAGGCACAGAGGUGAGGUGUGCUAGACACUUUGUCUCUCCAGUAUGUCUGCUUUAUAUACCUGUCUUCCUGCUUGUCUUUUUCUCCAGUCUGAAUUAAAGGACUGGAGGUGAAUUGUGGGAAUAACAUGGUGGUGAUCUUUCAGUGCUUACUAGACUUAAGACUUUAUAGUCCCCAAGGGGAAAUACUAACUUGAUAGAAAUGUAUCCUUGGUUUGGUGGUAUUGUCUGGCCUGCGUUGUGUUUCUGCAUCUGCUACCCUCACUCCGUCUCUGGUCGUGUUUAUAGUGGCUUCCAUUUUUGUGACCUCUGUUUCCACCCUGCAUGAAGACCCUGACAUGAAAUGGGGCAUUAACCACUUCCUGGUCUCCUCCCACUCCUAAACCCUCUUCCUAACAGCCUUCCUUCCUUCCUUCGCACCCCCCCCCCCCUGUCUCCUUUCAUAGGUCAUAGUGAUGGCGUGCAGUUCUAUCCUUUUGAAGGAGAUUAAAAUGAGAUAGAAUAUGUCUCCAAUACUAUAAUUAAUUGUUGGUACCAAUAAUGGUAUAAAGUCAUUUUGACAAUGUAGUAUUUUUGGACUACUGUUCAUUGGACCCAGUUAUUAAUGUAAUGCAGAUUUUGAUGCUGCUAUUCAGGAAGCAUGCAUAGAAAAAGGGAUCCAAACAGGUACUGCAGUUUAUAAUAUGUUUUUGUAUAUUUUUUUGUUGCAACUGAACUGUUAGUGAUGGCCAUGAGUCUGCUUUUACCUUGUUGUGGAUGUUCAAGACAAGCCCCCGUGUACCCUCCACUUGAAUAGCAGUCUAUUCAAGUCAAGCUAAUGCUAACUUACUUAAAUUUUAAACUUAACUCAUUAAUAUUGAUAUGUACAUAUACAUUUAGCAGACAAUCUUAUCCAGAGCGACUUAUAGUAAGUACAGGGACAUUCCCCCGGGGCAAGUAGGGUGAAGUGCCUUGCCCAAGGACACAAUGUAAUUGGGCACAGCCAGAAUCGAACCGGCAACCUUCAGAUUACUAGCCCGAUUCCCUAACCGCUCAGCCACCUGACUAAUACUAGCUUACUUACAUUUUAAACAUCAUAAAUCGUCAAUAUUGAUACGUAUACUCUUCCAGACGCACUCCUAGUCUCACAUUACAGAACCCAAACCCAAGGACCUCUGUUCCAGAGAAUCUCUUUCCCUCAUUCCCAUAAUGACCACGGCCAAGCGCUGGGCCAGCAGCCUAACUGAGCGUUUGACUAAAUAAACACUUCAGGUUAAGGGCCUCUGGAGCAUCAAGUGUGGCCCUCAGAACAGAAGCAGUGUCACACUAGGUAGGGGGCUUUAGUUGUUGACCUCCAUUAUCAUUUCCCCUCUGGCUCGGUUUGUUGGCCUGAGACUGUUCACUGCUGAUGAGACAGAGGUCCUACUCUGAAAUGACCAAAGGAAUUCCAAGUGUCUCGUAGAAUAUCAUUUUCUAACGUUAGUUUUUACACUGUUGUAGGUAUAUCUACUGUAUGCAUUGUACUACUGAGUCUGAUGCAUAGUCUGUUAAAAAUAAAUAUUCACUUUUUUCUUUUUCCUUA